AUGGAAGCCACGGGUCCAGUCCAUCCCGAGAGUGCCUCAACUUCGCCAUUACAGGUGCAAGCUUGCGGUUGCGGCGGCGACGACGGUGAUUCGCAUUUGGCUUUUACAUUGCCCGGUAGCAAAAUGGGUGAGGCAGUUCGUUUCAUGGUGGCCCCAGCUUCCUCCUCGCUUCUAUUCCUCUCGUCGCGCUGCUCAAUGGCAGUUGCUGCUGCAAUGCCGUUCCCGGACGACGAGCUCCGCUGCAAUUCGUUCACUAUGGGUGAGGCAGUUCGUUUCAUGGUGGCCCCAGCUUCCUCCUCACUUCUGUUCCUCUCGUCGCGCUGCUCAAUGGCAGUUGCUGCUGCAAUGCCGUUCCCGGACGACGAGCUCCGCUGCAAUUCGUUCACAGAACAAACGGUGAAGCAGCGUGUUGGAGAUCGAAGCGCAUCAUUAUUGUAUAAAAAGAAAGAGCACAUGUUCUCAAAAGGCAAGCCAUCAAAGCAAAAAAGCUACGGGGAAGUCAGCCUACGUGAACUACAAAAGCUGUGCUGCGCCCUCGGCAACGAGGAUGAAUCACUGCUUUUGCUGCUGUCAAGUGUCGAGGACUUGUUAUGCGACGAUGAUGAACCGGACAAUGACAGAUUAGUUGGAUUAUUGUUUUGUGGGUGGUCAGACGGUGUUGAAAACGGGGAACCCGUGUUAGGCGACUUCAGGCGUGCACCCCGCCAAACAGAUACCACACUUUCUUCCUCUUCACCGGCGGUAAAAUACUCGUCGGCGACGUUUGCGUAA